CUUCUACAUUGUUGCCACCUCAUCGGGCCAGAUCUAUAAAUCGGCGUGUCUUUCUUACGGUUGAAACGGGUCCAACAUCUUGAUUCCCAGACUAUCCAAUAUGCCUACCCCCCUCGAUCGAGCAUUGCAUUCCAAGAACCUCUUCAUGGGGUUUGCGGGAAUGGUCACAGCAGCAGCCGCAUGGGCCAUCUGGGGCAAUGACAUGUUUCCCGAACAGGCAGAUCCGACCGGAGACCCUGAGCAGUGGACGGUCGAUGAGAUGCGUCGUUGGUUGCGCGCGAGAGGUCUGAUGCCGGACGGGAAAGCCACACGCGAUGAACUGCUCGAGCGAGUGAAAGCCAACCUGCGUAUACCGCGAAACACAUCUACCUGAUGCUCGUCUCUCCGGCCAAUCCUGGCACAAUCCCUUCUGGCGCUUCACGGCGCUGUCUCCCAAGUCAUGCACUUUCCAAGAAGCGUGCUGUUUCAAAACUUCUCCCUCCUUUUUUCUCUUUUCCCUCCUCGGUCCGUUGAUGAACCAAGCGAGUUAUGUGAACUUGUGAAUACCCUGCACCGAUGUUGUCCAUCUUGUAUUUUAUCCAAAACCGUGACCAUUAUUCAUAACAGCGUACGAUUCCUAUCAU